AUCAAUACGCUUAAUAGCUUUGAAGCUCGGCCGUUACGAGACGCUACUGUCGUUGAUGAAAAUUUGAGGUUGUAUGAUUUACAAAAAUCUAUUAAAGUUCUUGCGUGCAAAUUGAAAUAAUAUAUUAGAAAUAAAAGAAGCAGGUAUCCAUCAUAAAAAAAAAGGAAUAAUGAUGAGUUCUAUAAUUUGUCGACUUUUCCAUUUUUCAAGAAGCUCCGUAAUACCGAUUCAAUGCACGAUACAAACAAGAAAUUAUGCUGUGCUAGGAUCGAAGAAGACGGUAAAGAAGCCGUUGUUGGUCUCGACGGAGAAGAAGGAAUUACCUGUAGAAACGGAUGCUCACAGGCUUCAGACUCAUGUAUGCGGCACAAACCUGUUGAAGGAAGGAGGAGAAGAUGUUGAGAUAAAGCCAGACUCAGAAUACCCGAGUUGGCUGUGGACUAUCAGAACUGGUCCCCCUCCGCCUUUGGAAGAAAUGGACCCAAAUACGAAGCAAUACUGGAAAAGGUUGCGAGUACUCGCAUUAAGGAGAAACAACAAAAUCCAAUCAACCAAGCCAUUUUAACUCAUGUAAAAGUAUAUAGAGUAAUGUUAAGAUGCGUUUAUACAUGCAUUAUUGUUUUGUAUCAUAAGUGAGGAAUGAAAAAUUGAAAAUCAAGGUCGUGUUACGUCUCGUUUAUUUGUGCGGCUGAUAUCAAAUUUUGUGACGAUCGUGAGCUUGUGUACUGCUCAUCGCCGCAAUCGAACGAGACGUGAGCAAGAUUACGAUUAGAAUGACUCAACUGAAAACCAAUUAAAGCGCUCGGCUCGUGGUAUGUACUGAAAGGGAUAAGCAUCUUAACUAAAUAAACGAGUUUGCUUGGCUGUAA